AUGAAAGAACUCCUCGAGGUCGACGUCUGCAAGAGAGACAAGGUCUACGAGUCGGCCACCUCCGGGACCGAUACCGGCCUUCUGACUCAACGGGAAAUAACUUCCCACGUGCGUCCACUACUCACAGAGCGGCUGCUCCUUGUCUCAUCUCCUUCCGCACUUCUCCCUCUUCCUCCAAUUUUAUGCCCGCCUGCGAGAGUGAUAAUGAGUGCCGUCGAUGGAACAUUCAUGAGUAUCACUGCUGCUCUUGCUCUUGGGCCCGAAUCCAAGAGCUUUGAGGAGGUGCGCAUCGAAGAUUACAUUAAAGCAUACCAAACGACAUCGCGGCCUCCUCAACCAGUCCCUCAACAGCCCACUGAUGAGAUUGCACGAAAGGCGCUGAAUCUACCCCCUCUUUUCAAGCCUACCACGAUGUCCAUGGGCGGUGGUGGGGCGCCUGCGUCGACAAGUGCACCGAUCGUGUUCCAAAUUCCUGUGAAGAUUGUCAAUCCUGCUGAGCUUCCGCAAGGGCAGGAGUUCCGGGUAACACAGUUUGCAGGGGAGAAGCACCAUAACAUCGUGUCCAUGCCGCAGUAUGACGGGUUUAGUCCUGAGGAACUUCGCUUCUAUGCGUAUUCACGCGGAAACAUUACAUCCCCCGUCACAAUACUCAUGGACCCGUUCGUCCUUCCCGCCAAAGAAACCCCCAAGGCCCCAGUUGUUGCAACAACGACAGUGGAUGACGAGCAAUUGCAGCAUAUAUGCGCUAACACUGCGCAUAUGCGCCAUUCUCCAGAGGAGUUACGGGUAGCUUACUUCAUUCACGGGCGAGAGAUGACGUCCGCAGAGCUCAUGCCUGGGGCCACGGUUCCGUCUGCCCAACCCCCAGCUCCUAUCAUCCCAGCAGCGCCGCUCGCAGCGCUUCCUCAACCCAUCUAUGCCUCGAGCACCCCUAAGUUCACUUUUGGGUUGCGUUAA